UAAGCGCUUCCUGCUGGCAUGUCUGGUUCUCUCAAAUCUCACACUUAUUUUGGGAAAUAUCUCCAUUUUCUUGCACAUCCUUCAUUCUUGAAAAUCUCUCCUUACCUUUCCUUUCUCUCUCUCUCCACCCUUCUCUGCAACCCCUUUCUCUCUCUCUCCACUCUUCUCUGCAACCCCUUUCUCUCUCUCUCCUUCCCUCCUUGAUGGGAGAUGCUUCAAAGUCACAAACACCAAACUUUUACAGCGUUCUUGGGAUCCCAAAGUCUGCAUCCCCCUCUGAUAUUUGCAAAGCAUACAAAGCGCUGGUGAAGAAAUGGCACCCUGAUAGAAAUCCCACCAACAAAGCCGAAGCCAAAGCCAAGUUCAGUUCCAUCAAUGAGGCCUAUAGGGCUCUCAGCAUCAAGAAGAGAGAAGAAGGCAUGGAAUGCAAUGGAAAUCAUCACCCAAAAACACCCAAGAAGAAGAAGUCGUCGGCUGACCAUGAGAAAGAUAAAGAUGAUCGCAACGAUGAUGGUGAGGAACUCCAGAUUUCCAAACCGACGCUCCUCUCACGUACCACAAGCCAGAACAGCCCCCUAUCAAGUCCCAUGUUCUCCAGAAGUUCUAGCUAUAACACAACUCCACAUAUGGAUUUCUAUGCCUUUUAUCCAAAUACCUUGUCAGGAGCAAACUCACCAACGACCCCACGCACACCUACAGGCUCGGCCACUCUAUCAAAGAUAGGGAGCCGGCGCUGCGUAACCCCUAUUUUCUUUUCACAAUCUGCAGUUCGGAAAAAACCUCCCCCAGUGGAGAAGAAGCUCGAAUGCACCCUUGAGGAACUGUGCCAUGGAUGCGUCAAGAAGAUCAAGAUCACAAGGGAUGCCAUCUCUAGCUCAGGGCUAAUUGUUCAAGAAGAAGAGACAGUAAAAAUCAAAGUGAAGCCUGGAUGGAAAAAAGGGACAAAGAUCACAUUUGAAGGGAAGGGAGAUGAGAGACCAGGGACCUUUCCAGCUGAUGUAAUCUUCUCUAUUGAUGAGAAAAGCCAUCCGUUAUUUAAACGAGAAGGCGAUGAUUUGGAGCUGGGAGUUGAGGUUCCUCUGGUUCAGGCUCUCACAGGAUGCAGUCUGCCUGUCCCUUUACUGGGAGGAGGACAAAUAAACCUGUCAAUAGACGAUAUUAUAUAUCCUGGAUACGAGAAGAUCAUACCAGGACAGGGUAUGCCCAUGUCAAAAGAAGGUAAGAGAGGAGACCUUAGACUGAAGUUUCUGGUUGAGUUUCCGGCGGAAUUGAGUGAUGAUCAACGCUCAGAAGUAGUUAGCAUUUUAGCAGAAUGUUCUUGAUAAUUGGAUCUUCUGUUUUUCUUUUUCAUAGUUAAUGCCUGAAAGAGAAGAAAUUCAGACAGGGAGGCAGAGACAUGUAGAUGCCCUUUUAGAUUUUAGGUGGGUAGAUUCUGUAAAAUGGUGUAUAUACAUGCUUCCCCAGAAAGAAGUCUUCUUGUUCUUGAAGAGAAGAUCAAGUUCCUCCUAUACUCAUCAAAGAUGGAGUAUUCAACAAAAGAAACACAGAAGGCCACUUAUACAUGAUUUCACCAAAGAUUUCGUCAUAGCAUAAAAUUCAAAGGGACAAUCAACAUACAGUAAAAUCCACAUCACAUCACAUUUUUAUCAACUACUGUAUGUUACAGACCAUCCUCUUCUUCUUGGCCACCUCAAAUUAGCGUUAAGUUUAUAUAUAACAUAAGGUUUUCUUCAGUUUUCCCGCUAAAA